GCCUCGAACCACGACCCUGGACCCCCGCUGGCUGGAGGAGCCCCCGAGGGACCCCAUCCACCCCCUCCCCACCUCCGUCUCUACCCUGGUGGGGGGCAUGCACGCGCGUGAGCUCAGGUCCGGCAGUGAGGACAAGAUCCUGCGCUUCGGGGCCAAGUUGGUCUCCAGCUGCGACAUUGACAAGGAUAGAGAAUUCGUAAUUAAUUUCUACGUCUACGACUCCACUAUUUCCGUCUACGAGGUGCCUAAGAUCAACUCAGGUAUGCGGGCGGGGAUGUUCUUGGGACGCGGGCUGGUGGUGGCGGGAGCCGGACACGUGGCGGGAGCCGGACACGUGGCGGGAGCCGGACACGUGGGAGGACAAGACCUGUACGUGGGCGCCGUCGUCACCAUCAACUCUCACGUCUUCAGGGUGACGAGUGCUGACCAGUUCACUCUCCAGUACCUAGAGGAGCACGCUGACCAGUUCCCUAAACAUAUCAAUUACAGCGUGACCACAGAGGAAUCAACAAGCAAGCAAGAACUAACAGAUCUAUAAUCACAAUUACAACAAAUGACACAGUAUGACAUGAACUGUGAGGGUGUUGUACCUUCUGAUUUUUUGCCAGGUACACUGACCAGUGACAGUGUUACAGGAGGGACAACAGUGACUCAGCAACAGGUGAAGACACUGGUUCGGCGUCACCGCCAGGAGAGGCCCCGUCCCCUCACCCGUCACAACCUUACACACCUGACGGCCCUACACCUGAAGAGGCACAACUUUGACGGGGUCCAGGACCUGAUAUCCGGCCUCCGUGGGCGUGACGUGGAGGGCCGUGGGCGGCUACCAUCCGGCACGGUGAGGGCGGCACUCAAAGCCAUCCGGCCGCCCCUCACUAGCACCCUCAUUGAUGCACUCAUUAACAGCAUGACAGAGGACGGACAGGUCGACUACAAGGCCUUGUGUCGGGAGGUCGACUGGCGCUGUCGACCCAACAUCCACGACAAUCUUCCUUGUCAGGUGGACGAGUCGUCGCUGGUGGAGGCCUUGACGGGCGUCGUGGACCUGGUCGACUAUGUCACCCUGGUGGCUGACCUGGAGGGCAGCGCCUCCACCCACCAUCUGGCCGGAUCCCGUCUGGUCUAG